AUGUUGUUUUGGCUUGUGAUACGUGAUCCUCGCGAUACCACCUCGUCGUCUCGUGAAGGCUACAUAGUACCAAAGCAAUAUUCUGCCCCUCCUUCACGAAAAUCCCCAGGAAAGCAGAGCCAGCCCAAAAGGAGGGGUGAAGGCGCAACACAGUGA